UGAUGCAAAUGUAAAUAUGCAAAUAUAUGGUGACAGACAAGAUAAAAGGUCUUCCUCUCGAACGUUUCGUUCUGCUAACAGAACCGCCGCAAGAUGCUUCCAGCGCAGCCACCGAAGUCUAACCAGCUGUCCGUACUUAAGGUCUCUGUAGACCGAGAGAAGCAGUGUGAGCCCCUACUGCGUGAAAACUCCAGACGCUUCGUCAUUUUUCCCAUCCAGUACCACGACAUCUGGCGCAUGUACAAGAAGGCCGUAGCAUCAUUCUGGACAACGGAGGAAGUUGACAUCUCUAAGGACUUAGAGCAUUGGGAGAGUCUGAAUGACAACGAAAAACACUUCAUCAAACACGUCCUGGCAUUCUUUGCAGCUAGUGACGGUAUCGUGAAUGAAAAUCUGGUUGAGAGAUUCACCAAAGAGGUGCAGGUGCCUGAGGUGAGGUGCUUCUAUGGCUUCCAGAUUGCCAUUGAGAACAUCCAUUCUGAAAUGUACAGCCUCUUAAUCGACACCUACGUGAAGGAUCCGCAUGAAAGAGAGCAUCUGUUCAGUGCCAUUGAGACCAUACCUUGUGUAAAGAAGAAGGCUGACUGGGCUCUAAAGUGGACCGGAGACGAGAAAAGCACUUUUGGGGAUCGUGUGGUUGCGUUUGCCGCUGUGGAAGGGAUAUUUUUCUCCGGGGCCUUCGCAGCAAUUUUCUGGUUAAGGAAAAGAGGACUUAUGCCGGGGCUGACUUUCUCUAAUGAGCUGAUCAGUAGAGACGAGGGUCUACACGCCGACUUUGCCUGUCUUAUGGUCAGCUAUCUGAUCAAUAAGCCUAGUGAGGAGCGCAUUCACCAGAUUAUUGACGAUGCUGUUAAGAUUGAGCAAGAGUUCCUGACGGAAGCUCUUCCCGUGAGGCUGAUUGGGAUGAAUCAAGACCUGAUGAAACAGUACAUCGAGUUUGUCGCGGAUAGGCUGCUGGGCGAACUCAUGUGCAGUAAGCUUUACAACAGCGAGAACCCCUUUGACUUCAUGGAGAACAUUUCUCUGGAGGGAAAGACCAACUUCUUUGAGAAAAAGGUGGGAGAGUACCAGAAGAUGGGGGUUAUGUCCUCCUCUGAACAGCAGAAGUUCACGCUGGAUGCUGACUUUUGAAAGUACAGAAUAAAAGAACGGAAAAAAUCAAACGGUCAUUGUCAUCUUUAUCUUAUACGAUAGAGACUUAGAACCAGGCCAAAUAAGGACAUGUCUUUUACAAAUGGGGAGGGGGAGGUUCAUUUGGGGGCGUGGCGGUUGUCAUAGUUACCUUUCUCCGCCUGAAUAUUUGAUAUCUGACCCCUGACCUGCUCCACCUGAAUUAAUGAUAUGUGACCUCUGACCCAUGACCAGCGCUUGAAUAAAUGAUAUCUGACCCCUGACCUGCGCCUGAAUAAAUUAU